AUGCCUUCCUACAAGUUGACAUACUUCGACGUUCGUGGACUUGCUGAAGCAUCUCGUCUUCUUUUCCACCUUGCUGGAGUUCCAUUUGAAGAUAAACGUAUCACAUUUGGAGAUGGAUCAUGGGAGAAAUUGAAAGAUUCUACUCCAUUCGGUCAAAUUCCAGUUUUGAGUGUCGAUGGAUUUGAGAUUCCUCAAUCUGCUGCAAUCCUUCGUUAUCUCGCCAAAAAGUUCGGAUUCGCUGGAAAGACUCCAGAAGAGCAAGCAUGGGCUGAUGCUAUCGUAGAUCAAUUCAAGGACUUCUUCGGGGCUUUCAGGCAAUUGAUCGUUGCUCAACGUGGAGGAAAGUCAGCUGAAGAGAUUGAGAAAAUCACUUCAGAAGUUGUGAAACCUGCUCAGGAAUCAUAUUUCAAGAUUCUGAAUGGAAUUUUAGAGAAGAACAAAUCAGGUUUCCUUGUUGGUAAUGGAAUCACUUUUGCUGAUCUCGUGAUUGCUGAAAACAUCGAAUCACUCGAAAAGUUUGGGUUCUUCAAUGCAUCCGAGCAACCAAAGUUAGCUGCUCUUAGAGAGAAAGUGUAUACUCAACCAUCUCUCAAGAGCUAUCUCGCCUCUCGUCCAGAUUCUCAAAUUUAA